AUGCACUCUAAUAACACAGCUGCUUCUAGGCCUCAUUUCGAUAAGUACGGAAGACAACCUCAGAUGAAACAUAUUAGAUUAUUAAGUGUCUUAAACCCUUUAAAAAUAAAGAUUAACCCAGUUUUUUCAUAUAGAAACAUAAGAAAAUACCAUGAAAAAGAUAAUAACCUUUUUUCCCCGGAUCAUUAUAACAAUCCAAGAAAUGUAGGAUCAAUGAAAAAAGAAGAUCCAGACGUUGGUAUCGGAUUAGUAGGAGCACCAGCAUGCGGAGAUGUUAUGCGUUUGUCAAUUAGAGUGGAUUCGGAAGGACGUAUAUCAGAAGCAAAAUUUAAAACAUUUGGAUGUGGAUCAGCAAUAGCAUCAUCAUCAUAUAUGACAGAAUUAAUCAAAGGAAUGAAGCUUGAGGAAGCGUCGAAAGUGAAGAAUACAGAAAUUGCAAAAGAACUUUGUCUUCCUCCGGUUAAAUUACAUUGUUCCAUGCUUGCAGAAGAUGCAAUUAAAUCAGCUAUUAAAGAUUAUCAAUCUAAAUCAAAGAAUCGUUUAGAUGCAUCACAAAAACUUGAUACCUUAAAUACAUGA